AUGCUGCGAUCGAGCAAAAACAAAGACGGCUCUCCUAGAGGUUUUUUUAGUCCCUCCGGCUCCCCGUCGGUGAGAGUUUUAGUCCCGCCUAUAAAGCGGGCAAACCGCUGCGCCCUGCUGAGGGUGGGUGGCGCGGUGGCCAUCGUAACCAUGGCGACGGCGAGGCGUCUGCUAGGCAUGGUGGUCCUCGGGGUAGCCUUCCGCGUGAGGUUUUCGGACGCCCAGAGUUCCUCCCUGCUGUUCCGUGAGCCCCAGAGUUGUGACGGGACCCAGUACUUCGACAUCGCCAGCCUGGCUUGCGGCCAGUGCGGAUCAUCCCAGAGGAAGAGCGCGCAGGGUACUUCAUGUUCCUGUCUACCAGGAUUCAAGUUGGUUUCUGAUAAUGGUGGCACUUCCAUUACCUGUGAAAAAUGUCCAGAAAAUAAGAGUGGAGUCACUCAAGAUGGAUGGAACUGCAUUGCUUGCCCUAAAGGUGUAACUGCUGAAGGAAAAUGUAAAUGUGCUGCUAAUGAGAUUUUAGUGGAAAGAGCCAUUAAUGGUGCAUUAUUGGAUGCUGCAUCAUGUGUUCAGUGUGAAGGAACAGAGACAUCGUUUGCGGCAUCAAAUGUGCUAGGUAACAUGUGCAUCAGAUGUGAACCAACGUUUAUCAGUGUAAGCAGGUCAUGCCAUUGUUCUGAACCAAAUAUUUCAACAGGAGGUUUAUGUUUUAGUGCCACUGGAAAUCUUCCUCCAAAGGGAAUCACAACUGUACGUUUUGGAAAGCUUGGCAUUACCUUGAUAUCAGCAUGGUUUCUGAAAAACCUGCAGGCAUCAGCAGCUGCUUGCUUGCUGUAUGCCAACAUAACAUCUUGCCAAGCACUUGGAAAUAUGUGUGUAAUGAACAUGAAUUGCUUGAGCUCUGCCAGCACUGAUGCAUGUGGCCUUUUUCAGUAUGUCUUUGCAAAUACUGCUGGACUCGGGACUGUUCAUUCAAUAUCCUUUUGGAGACAGAACCUUCCAUGGCUUUACUAUGGUGACCAGCCAGGAUUAGCAUCGCAGGUUCUUGACACAGCUGAGUUUCCUUCUAGUUUUACUUUUAAAGGAACAAAUAAGAACAUAAAAUUGAAAUUUGUUGCAGCUUCUUAUGAUGCAGGGGGAAAUUUUCUUAAAUGGCAGUAUCUAGAAGGUGGUGUUUUACAGCUUUGUCCUGACACACUGAUGAAACUGAAUGCUGCUUACAUUUUUGGGACAACUUAUCAACAAAAAUGCACAAUUUCGGUUUCAAGAAUUUUAAAGGACUAUUCAGAUCCAGUGUUUUAUGACGUGUUUCUUGAAUAUAUUGAUGAAGAAGAUGGACAGCCGUACCUUUGGGCAGUGCCAGUUUUAAACUUAAAUCUUCAGUAUAAUGAAAUGUUUGUAAACCGAGGCAGUAAUAUGAAUAGUUGGUUCUUAACACGUCGAAUGUUUUUGGUGGAUACUUUAAGUGGGCGUGAAAAUGACUUGGGAAACCAGCCAAAAGUAAUUCGAAUUGCUAGUGAAAUAACAAUAAGUAUUCGUCUUGUGCCUAACACUCAGAGAGGAGCCAUCUACCCCCCUCUCAUUGCAGUUUCCUACAGCGAUGUUCUCAUCCAAAAUCCUAGUACUCAGAAUGUGGUGGUUUCCUUCUCAGUCAACUACGAAAUGAACCAGUCAGAGGCUCGCAGUCAGACCGAUAUAGCACUGGGUGUUCUAGGUGGGUUGGCAGUUUUAUGGUCCCUUCUCAAGACUGCUGGCUGGAAGAGGCGUAUAGGGAGUCCUAUGAUUGAUUUGCAGGUGGUACAAUUUUUGCACAUGCUUGUUACCCAAUUUACGAUAGAUAUCUUCUUUAUUGAUUGGGAGCGUCCUAAAGGAAAAGUUCUUAAAGCAGUUGAAGGAGAAAAUGGCAUAAAGAGUACCUCCACACCUGUCAGCAUAUGGAGAACAUAUUUUAUAGCAAAUGAAUGGAAUGAAAUUCAGACCAUCAGGAAAAUAAACCCUCUCUUUCAAGUGCUAGCUGUUCUCUUCUUUUUAGAGAUUGUGGGGUUCUCAAACCUGGCUUUAAUGGAUUCUUCUUCCAGUCUUAGUAGGAGCCCUGAAAGUUACAUAGCCCCUUGGAGCCGGAUACUAAGAUUUGGUGUGACUGCUGUCCUCUGGCUAGUCAUUGCCAUAAUACAGAUGGCAUACUUUUCUGUCUUUUAUGAAAGAUUUGUAGAAGAUAAAAUAAGGCAGUUUGUUGAUUUGUGCUGUAUGAGCAAUAUUUCAGUUUUCCUGUUGUCAAACAGAUGCUUUGGAUAUUACAUUCACGGCCGUUCUGUACAUGGCCAUGCAGAUACUAAUAUGGAAGAAAUGAAUAUGAACCUGAAGAGGGAAGCGGAAAAUCUGUGUAGUCAAAGAGGUUUAGUACCAAAUACAGAUGGCCAAACAUUUCAGAUUUCUGUUUCAAGCAAGAUGAGGCAGCAAUAUGACCGGAUUCAUGAAACAUUAACGAGAAAACAUGGCCCUGUGAGGCUUCUGCAUUCUUCUACAACUACAUUUGAACAGAGCACUAAAGCAUACCAUACCAUGAAUAAAUUUCUUGGCUCUUUCAUUGAUCAUGUUCAUAAGGAAAUGGAUUACAUAGUAAAGGACAAACUGUUAUUAGAACGAAUUCUUGGAAUGGAGUUUAUGGAACCAAUGGAAAAGAGCAUCUUUUACAAUGAUGAAGGGCAUUCUUUUAGUGAUACUCUUUAUUAUGGCAAUGAAACCACUCUUCUCAUUUUUGAUAUGCUGUUUUUUGCAAUUGUGGAUAUGGCUACCCAGAGUUUUGUUUUAGCCGCUGUUCUGACAUAUUUACAACAAGAGAUUUUUAAGUUUAUUCGGUAUACUGUUGGACAGAAGAAUUUGGCAUCUAAAACUUUGGUGGAUGAAAGAUUUCUUAUGUAAACCAAUGUGAAAAGACUCUACCCACAAAUUAAU